AUGGGAAACACUCAGAAUGGUCAGGUGCCCGUGGCUCCCUCCUCUUACGAGCAGCUUGUACAAACCUCGCCCUGUCCAACAUGUAGAGGCACAGGGCAAGUGCCUACUGGUAGGCUUCUUACUCUGUACUGUCGAAACUUGCUCACUUUAGACUCCGACAGUGAGUACAUCGCGCUGAUUCCUCUGACGGAUCGGCGUCUUCGACCCCGACGCACAACCAUCAAGCUGAUCCUUACCGUCCUCUUUUGUCUUACCGUUUCGACCUUGACCCUCUUCUUCCUCUUCCCUCGAUCUAUUCUUCUUACCAGCUCCUCGCCCCUCCUGUUGCCGGCUAUAGUUAACAUCACUGACGAGGAUGUUGUCAACCUCGUCGUCUCGGUAUGUUUUACGGCAGCUGCCACCAUUCUGACCUAAAGCCUACUUCUUUAGAAUGUGUUUAAUUUCUCCAACUUCAAUUUUGUGCCAGUCAAUGUUCGCUCGAUAUCAGUGAUGUCGCUGUACCACUCUACUAUGAUCAACAACUCCAUGGUUGAUACGAAUACCUGGGUCUCUCCACGUUCGACGCAGAAACUCAACGUGAGCCUUUGUCUCAGCUUCGACGCCGACAGCUUCAAGCCAUAGUAAGGAGCGCUUUUAUAACCUCCGACUAUCGAGUCUCUCCCUUAAUAGUCACUUUAACUUCAGUUAUGGGCAUAGUAAGGCUUUGGGGAUAGAAAUGCUCCCUUGCACCACUACUUCUCAUGAAAUUGAUUUAUUUUCAUCCAGCGGUAAGCGCUGAUCGUUGGGGGAGACUCAAGGUUCUGUUUAAACAUGCUGCUACGAGUAGUAUGAUUGACUAAAAUGGAUAUUUCUGGCUUUUGGACAUUGUUGGUAACAAUGGCUAUUGAUCUCCUCAUAUUUUUAAUGAAGUUGAUUUGCACCAUUUGCUUCAUAGUCAAGCAUAACAUCGGCGAAUUGAGCAUACAUGCUGUGUGCUGCGGAAAUCUUAUCCGUCCACUUGCAUACACGCAACUGCCUAUGCCGAAUACCCACCAACGGACUUAUUUAGUCGUUUUGUGGACCCACAAGGGGACGGGGGAGUGCUUUCAACUUUCGAUUUCGUUUAGGUCAUACUAAGAAAGGGUUCAGGACUUAGUCCUGUUGUUUCCCUGUAUCUCCCUCUUCACCGAAAGCCGUUUAUUUCUUCCCUAAAUUUGGCCCUUCUUUAUAACUUCUAGCCUCGCUACGCUAUGUAGAGUGAACAACACGGCGUUUAACCGGAUAUACAUCAACUUCGGGUAAGUAGUGACUGAGUGCUAUUAUUAACCUGUUAUGUGUGACUGAAGUACAAGCUUGGUUUUUGUACUUUAAGCUGACGCUGUUUAAGUUGCCCUCGCAGAAGACAGGACUUA